UAUCCAAGCACCUGCAUGUUCUAAGUUCAUCUCCCUACAAAACCUGCAUUUAAUGCCAUUCAUUGCCCUUUUCCCACUACUUAUAUGCCCACAAAAUUCAUUGAGCAAUAUCUCAAACAACCCUAGUUACCAAUUUGCAACAAGAAAAUAAUACCCUAUUAUAGAUCAUCAUAAGCUUGCCCAAAAAGAAAAAGAAAUGAAAAUGUUCAAUAUGUCUAAGUUUCUUGUUUGUCUUUUGGUUUGUAUUUCUCUCCAUGCAUGUAGUGCAAGACCACUAGCAAGUAUUAAUGACAAAGAAAACAACAUACUACUCUCUAGCAAGGAUGUUACAUAUUUGACUAGUGACAGAUCAAAAACAGAAGGAAGAAUAAUCAUGUCUGAAGAUAUUGGAGGAGAUCAUGAUAGAAAACUUAUGUGGAAAAAGAGUUCAAUUGUUUCACAAAAGGCAUUAGUUGAUGAAGAGAAUAAAGGAAACAAGGUCAAGAUCAUUUCGUUUCAUAAGGGAGCUCAAGUAAAGAUACUGAAUAGAGAAUCGCGGUUGAUGCUAGAAUGUCCACCAUCAACACAACAUGAGGAAGAAGCAGUGAACUCCAUUGAAAAGGAUCCUGUGGAAGACGUAGUGGUUAUGGACUAUGCACAACCCCAUAGAAAACCACCCAUUCACAACAUAAAACAUUAAAACAUUGUGUAUUUUGUUUUAUUGUUUAUAAGUACAUGUAUACGUAUGUGAGACUGUCAGUCUUCAGUUUGUGUUUUUUUAAUUAUAAUUAUUAAUAUUGUUUUGGCAAAUGAAGGAGAAUCCUAGAUGAGAAUACUACUCCAUGUAUGUACAAAUAGAAAUGACUAAGAAUUGCAAAAGCCCUAGCAAGAAAUAUCAGUGUUAUUAUAUUGAUCACGUGUUACAUUAAUGCAUAUGGUGAUAUUAUUAUAUUGAAUAUGAGAAAGAGGGCAUGAUGUGGAUGGAUAUGGUCCCUCAUA